GAACACCAAAGACAGUGCGAGGAUCGCGUGCAGAUAAGCGAGCAAAGAUUGAUCUCCGUACUUUGCAAAAUCUUAUCCAACUGAACCUAUGAGAGUGCGGGAGAAGCUGAAACACAAGGCCAAGGAUUUCCUACGCACGCUCGGCGCAUGUGGUGCCGGUGAACAGUCCCACCGCAAACAGAUGGAAGCCCAAACGAAACAGAAUCUCCAGGAGCGGCGCAAAGCCCGCUCGUUGGUCAAAACAGUCAUCAAUGUCGUGCACAAGUUUCUCGUUCUACUCGUCCGAUGGUUGUCGCGCACGGUAUACGGCGAACAUGGUAAACGGAUGCCACCGAUCACCAACCUCAUCCUGAUGGAGUCUGCCACCUCGCUGGCGGCGAAGAUUCGCACUCGAAAGCUCACUAGCGUCGAAGUGACUCAAGCAUUUAUUGACCGAUGCAAGGAAAUCAACCCACUGCUGAACUGUGUGGUCGACCAGCGUUUCGAUGAGGCUCUGAAGGAUGCGGAACGAGCCGAUAAACUUGUCGCCUCCGGGACGAUGUCCGUUGAGCAGCUCGGGCGUGAAAAGCCGUUCCUGGGCGUGCCAAUAUCGACGAAAGAUUGCAUUCGAGUUCAAGACCUGUUGCAUACGUCCGGAAUUUGGAAUAGGCGCAACAUACGCGGCGAAAAAGAUGCUCGCGCGAUGGAGCUGAUGCGUCGAGCCGGUGCCAUUCCGUUCGCACUGACAAACGUAUCCGAGUGUUGCAUGUGGUGGGAAAGUGUAAAUACCAUCCAUGGCCGAUCGCGCAACCCUUACGAUACCAACCGUAUCGUUGGAGGUUCGAGCGGUGGCGAAGGGUGCCUUCAGGCAGCCGCCGGUUCUGCGUUUGGGCUCGGUUCCGAUAUUGGCGGUUCGAUUCGUAUGCCGGCCUUCUUCAACGGUAUCUUUGGUCACAAGCCGUCGAAGUUCAUCGUGUCUAACGACGGCCAGUAUCCGAUAGCGCUAUCGGAGGAGCAAAAUUCAUUCCUUGGGAUCGGACCGAUGUGUCGCUAUGCCACCGAUCUGAAGCCAAUGUUGCGUAUUAUCUCGGACGAAAACGCGAGUAAGCUGCGCCUAGACGAGCCGGUCGAUCUGAAGCAGGUGAAGUUUUUCUAUCAAAUCAACGAUGGUGGCGCCCACCUGGUCUCCCCGGUGGACAUGGACAUACGUGAUGCGAUGGAGAAAGUGAUGGGUCACUUCCGUACCACGGUCAAGGCCGAAGUGAAAAAGGUAUACCUGGACAAGAUGCGCAAAUCCGCACCGAUUUGGUUCGCCAACAUGAAGACCCCGUCCAAGGUCGGAUUCGAUGCACAGCUGGUAAAUCUAGAGGGUAAGGCUAAUCCGUGGCUCGAGCUGGCCAAGUGGCCGUUGCGCAUGUCCAACCAUACGCUCAUCGGUAUCAUGACUGCGCUGACCGAGCGUGCCGGUGUACAGUACGGCACGGAGCAAUAUCAACACUGCGUUCAGCUGAAGCAACAGCUGUUGGCCGAAUUUACCGAGAUGCUGGGAGAGAACGGGGUGUUCAUCUACCCGACCCACCCGACCGUUGCCCCGUACCACAACGAACCACUGAUCCGGGCGCUCAACUUUAGCUAUACCGCGAUUAUCAAUGUGCUGGGUUUGCCGGCGACAGCGGUUCCACUUGGUCUGGGACGCGAGGGGCUCCCGGUUGGAUUACAGGUGGUAGGAGGAGUGAAUCAGGAUCGUCUUUGCCUGGCUGUGGCCUGCGAACUGGAACGUGCCUUUGGUGGAUGGGUUGCACCAGAGGUGAAAGCCUAAAAGCCUUUACUAAACUAGACUGGACUAUUAUUUUUUUGUGAACACAAGUUGGUUGUUCCAAUUAAAACAAACAUGGAUAUAGAUGUAUUUUCUUGUUUUAUGUUUUUGAAUGAAAUAUACUAAUAUAUGUAUUUUAUGAAUGGGA